AUGACGACAACUCUUACCUCCAGGCGGCGCAACAUCAUUGUUGCGUUCGCUUUGGUGUUUUUGACGACGGUCCUGUUCCUAUCCAGCCCUCUCCUCAACCUUAAAUACAAAACCACAUCCCACACUCCCCAUCCAACUGAAGAUCCCCAGCAGAGUCCGGAGCCAACCCCAGAGAAACCAGCAAAGCCCCCUCAACCCGAAGCGCCGGUUUCCAGGCUUCACUACUUGAUCCCCGCCAGCGGGCCCAACCUGAACUUUUGCCUCAACUUGGCCUCUUCAGCAGCCGCCCGAUAUCCUGUCCCCUCGGUCCUCGGCUUCCAUGGAGAGGGUAUCCUCGACGCUGCCGCUACCCAUCUGGCGAAGCUUCGAGUUAUUCAACGCUACUUGGACAGCUUGCCGAAGGAGGAGGACAAUGAUCUGGUCCUUAUUGUUGACGGUUACGACAUUAUCCAGCAAUUGCCGCCCGUUAUCAUGAUUGAGAGGUACUUCGACGAGAUCCACCAGGCAAACGGUCGCAUUGCCCGCCGCUUCGGCAUUACCGUGGCCGAGGCUCGCGAGAAGGGUUUGUACAACACCAUCCUCUGGGGACCUGACAAAGCUUGCUUCCCAUAUGACGAGAAUGCCCCUCGCUGCUGGGCGGUGCCCCCGUCCCACCUACCGCCUGAUAUCUUCGGCCCCAACACUGGCGGCGGAGAAAUGGAGCUGAACGACCCGAUAUGGCUGAACUCGGGAACCGUAAUUGGUCCCGUCAACGAUAUGCGGCUCGCUAUCAGUGCCACGCUGCGCGAGAUUGAUGCGACAUAUGACGAGAACUUUGACUUGAAGGAGUCCGAUCAAUACUACGUCGCCAAUGUCUGGGCACGCCAGGAGUACUAUCGCUCUAAGCAAGCGGUCCACGGCGAGGAAGUCAAGGGCGGACCACCUACUCGAUGGAUCCCUACAGCGCGGGAAGGGGAUCCUCAGGUGGAAUAUCACAUGGGCCUCGACUACGAGUCCUCGCUAUUCCAAGCCAAGGCCUUUAACGAGCCAUACUACGGCUACCUCCAGUUCAACAGCUCCGGCCUCAAUGCCAAUAUGAACGUCGAUAUAAACAACCAGGGCGCAAAGUUCGUCCCUUACCUUAUCGAGAUGCCUGCCAAUGUCCUAUCAGCGCUCGGUGACCUUUUCGAGUCUAUCAGCAAGGCACAUACUGGAACUACUCUCAACGACUGGAUCCGCUCCGUCGGUUUGGGCGUGAAUUACGUGACUGGCCACAUCUACCCGCUCUGGCACUGUACUGGCGAAAAGAACGACAUCGAGCUCACGUAUACCAAGAUGUGGUUUUUCCCAUACGCCAGGUCCCUCAUCAGCGCUACUGUGAAGGCUUUCCAGGGCGAUGAUCUCAUCUCCACGCAUCUGAUCGACGGACGCAAGUGGGCGCCCAAGAACCGAUAUCCUGAUACGAACACCCUCAACGACACCCUCGGUGGCGCCUGGACAGAUCUGCAAGGGUCCGAGUUUGUCCAGUGGGAGCAGCUGUGCGGUGAACACAGCGAGGCGUUGUUCCGGGGCGAGGACACGCCCCUUUGA